UGCGGUGCUGAAGUGGCGAGCGGCGCCUCCCUCGGCGCUCCUCCCGCCAGCCCCGAGCCGCCGCUGCUGCCAGUCCGAGUCCGGCGGCGCCGAUGAAGAGGCGGCCGGGCGGCAGGUGCGGCAGCGGGGCCGGGGCUCUGCGCGGCCGCCACCCAUGCCUCGGGACGGCGGCGACGGCGGGGCUCCCCGCGGGGCGGCGGGCUCCGGCCGGCGCUGCCGGGGGCGGCCGGCGCUGGCGGGGCUGCUGCUAACUUCUUGCCUGGCGGCGGCGGCGGCAGCAGCAGCAGCAGCGGCGGGGUCGGCGGCGGGCCAGCUGCGCUACUCGGUGCCGGAGGAGCUGGAGCACGGCGCCUUCGUGGCCAACCUGGCCGAGGACCUGGGGCUGGACGUGUCGCGGCUGUCGGCGCGCCGCUUCCGCCUGGUGUCCCGCGCCGGGGCCCCGCAGCACCUGGAGGUCAACUUGGAGAACGGCAUCCUCUUCGUCAACGAGAAGAUGGACCGGGAGGCGCUGUGCGAGGCCGGCGGCGGCGGCGCGGGGGGCGCGGGGGGCUUGUGCCUGCUCCACCUGCAGCUGGUGCUGGAGAGCCCGCUGGAGCUGCACCGGGUGGAGGUGGAGGUGCUGGACAUCAACGACAACGCGCCGCGCUUCCCGUGGCCGGAGUUCGUGCUGGAGGUGAGCGAGUCGGCGCUGCCGGGCGCCCGCUUCCCGCUGGAGAGCGCGCAGGACCCGGACGUGGGCGCCAACUCGCUGCGCACCUACCGCCUCAGCCCCAACGCCUUCUUCUCGCUCGAGGUGCAGCGGCGCAGCGACGGCAGCAAGUUCGCCGAGCUGGUGCUGGAGCGCAGCCUGGACCGCGAGCAGCAGCGCAGCCACCGGCUGCUGCUCACCGCCCUGGACGGCGGCCUGCCCGAGCGCUCGGGCACGGCCAGGGUGGUGGUCACCGUGCUGGACGCCAACGACAACGUGCCCGUCUUCGAGCGCUCCUCCUACAGCGUCAGCCUGCCCGAGGACGCGCCCAAAGGCACGCUGGUGCUCCGGCUCAACGCCACCGACCGCGACGAGGGCGCCAACGGCGAGGUGGAGUACUCCUUCAGCGGGCACGCGCCGCCGCGGGCGCGGGAGCUCUUCGCCGUCGAGCCGCGCAGCGGGCAGGUGCGCCUCAAGGGCCAGCUGGACUACGAGCGCGCCAGCCUGCACGAGCUCUACGUGCAGGCCAAGGACCGCGGGCCCUCGGCGGUGGCCGUCCACUGCCGCGUCCUGGUGCACCUGCUCGACGUCAACGACAACGCGCCCGAGGUGAGCCUCACCUCCGUCUCCACGCCCGUGCUGGAGGACGCGCCGGCGGGCACCGUCAUCGCCGUCAUCAGCGUGCUGGACCGCGACUCGGGCGACAACGGCCAGGUCAGCUGCGAGAUCCCCCCCGACGUGCCGUUCCGCCUGCAGGCCUCCUUCCCCAACUACUACACGCUGGUGACCACGCAGGCGCUGGACCGCGAGGCCGUGGCCGAGUACAACCUGAGCAUCACGGCGCGGGAUCGCGGAUCGCCCGCGCUGGCCACCCGCCAGACCCUGCGCGUCCAGGUGUCCGACAUCAACGACAACGCGCCGCGCUUCUCGCAGGCCGUCUACAGCGUCUACGUGCUGGAGAACAACGCCCCCGGCGCCUCCAUCUGCUCGGUCACGGCGCGGGACCCCGACGCCCGGCAGAACGCCUACCUGGCCUACUCGCUGGCCGAAGGGCACAUCCAAGGCAUGCCGGUGGCCACCUAUGUCUCCAUCAACUCGGACAGCGGCCACAUGUACGCGCUGCGCUCCCUCGACUACGAGCAGCUGCGCGACUUCGCCGUGCGCGUGGUGGCCCAGGACGCCGGCUUCCCGCCGCUCAGCAGCACGGCCACCGUGCACGUCUACGUGCUGGACCAGAACGACAACGCGCCCGUGGUGGUGGCGCCGCUGCCGCGCAACGGCUCGCUGGCCGUCGAGGCCGUCCCCCGUGGCGCAGAGCCGGGCUACCUGGUGGCCAAGGUGGCGGCCGUGGACGCGGACGCCGGGCAGAACGCGCGCCUGGCCUACCAGCUGGUGCAGGCCACCGAGGCCGGCCUCUUCAGCGUGGCCCUCUACACCGGCGAGAUCCGCACCGUGCGCGCCUUCCAGGAGAAGGACGCCCCGCGGCAGCGGCUGGUCAUCCAGGUGCGCGACGGCGGCCAGCCGCCCCUCUCCGCCUCCGUCUCGCUGCUGCUCUCGCUGGUCGACGGCCUGCCGGAGGCGCUGCCCGACCUCCGCGAGCUGCCCCCCGGGCCCGAGGCGCCCCCCGCGCCACUCACGCUCUACCUGAUCGUCUCGCUGGGCUCCGUCUCCUUCACCUUCCUGGUGGCCAUCCUGGUCCUGACCGCGGUCAAGUGCCGCAAGGACCGCCUCGCCUGGCGCGACUAUGGCUGCUCGCUCCCGGCAGCCGCCGCCGCCGCCUCCUGCUGCUGCCGCCGCCGCCGCUGCCCCCCCUGCUGCCCGGGCUCCGGAGACCGCUCGGCCGCCCCGUCGGACCUCUUCAAGAACCCCAACAACGCCAACCCGCAGGGCGCCCCGGCCAGCAAGGGGACGGCAGGCGGCUGCGGGGACGGCGGGGCCCUGGGCGGCCCCCCGGGCUACUGUUACAAAGUCUGCCUCACCCCGGAGUCCGCCAAGAGCGACUUCAUGUUCCUGAAACCCUACGGACCGGAUCCGCCUCGCAACAAUGAGAAAGGGGCGGACAACGGGGCCCCGGCCAAGGGGGGCAGGAACGCUCUGCAGCCCGCCAGCCAGGCGAAACAGCCCAACACAGACCGACUGCCAUCCAAGACUCAGCAGUCAACCCUGAAAAGCUCGCGGAGCCUGGAAGAUAUCGGGGGAGUCCGUCGAGGAGCCCAGAAAGAACAUGACAGGCUGCGCACUCUGGUCACUCCGGUGUCUGAGCUCCAGAAGACAUCUGCCCCACCCAACAGCAUGUGGACCCCCCCAUAUGCCCCCCUGUACACACAGCAUGCCUCCCCCCUGGAUUAUCAACACAAUGUGUAUAUUCCAGGGACCCCAACCAUGCCUGCCACCAAGGACGGGCCCUCUUUUCAGGAUCAGGAGGCCAAGAACAGCUUCUCCACCUUCGGGAAGAGGAAGAAAAUGACUACCUAUUGCGAUAUACACGACAACAGGGUUAUUAACAAUAACUUGAAAUAAUGCUUGCUCAUGACCAAUAGGGGGCGAGGAGGCUGCCCAGACGCUGUCCAUGGUGCUGGCAAAGUUAGGGUGCCCUUGCUGACCUUCGCCACCUGCACCGUCCUGUCUGCAACUGAUGGGCAAAGGACUGUCCAAGCGGUACAGCUUGGAAGACUGCGGGGUACUGCCCUGUCAAGCCGCUGUCUGCUAGUGCAAUGAAACUGGAGAUAAGGAGGACAGUGACUGAUAGCUCCUGGGCGGAGAGACGAAACGAAAGGAAAUCAAAAGAACGCUGAUGAAAACGUUCUUCUUUCAUUUGGCAAGGCUGGUGGUCGCUCUCAGCGGAAACUGCUGCAUGACUGGCAGUUUGAUAUUGGCUGUCCAGUGUUACACAAACCAUCGGUCUCACAUUGUGAAACAAAACAGGUCUCCAGUGGAGGCAGAGUCGUCAAUACAGCCAUGUCCUGUAUUACCCUAUGCGAUCUUUGUAAAGAGCUCCACUUUGUGAACGUUUGUGGUUUCUUUUUUCAUGGGGUUGUGUGAACAUAUCGCAAGCAUACCUCUGUGUGUUUCUUUUUAGCACAUCAACAUGGCUCUAAUGCGGCAUAUCACAAAAUGCCAAAAAAAUACAGGGGAUAAAAAUGGA